ACUUUUCAUCCAUCAUACUGGGCCUGUUCAAUUACGGUGUUUCUCCGGGCGGAAUUUGGCGCGUGUCGUUUACCUUUACUUACCAUCUUUCCUGAAGAUAUAGUCAAUGUCAAUGGCAACCUCCUCCAUCUCUUUCAAUCCAGUCAGCCAGUCAGUCCGGGUCUCGACGGGGUCGAGGAUCUAUCUAUCUGCCAGGGCAGCCACUCCGUGUAGUCCAAGCCAGCCAGUAAGUAAUAGAGCACGCGAUGCCGUCGCAUCCCCCCGCAUUUGGGAUCUCCGCAUCAUGCAAUGCACUACUGCGGUCGAAAACAAAACAAAACACCACAAUUCUCGCUCUGUUUCCGAGCGUGGUGACGUGAAUCUGAUUCUGGGCCGAGUCGCACCGACGGACCUCUCUACUCACUCAAUUACUCAAUUACUCGCUCAAUUACUCCCCCAACCUACCAAUGAAUCCCACCAUGCCCCUCCCCGGGAAAACCGACGUCCUCGUUAUCGGCGGCAGCAACGCGGGCUUCUGCGCAGUCCUCUCCGCCGCCCAGUCCGACGCCAAGUAGGUGAUUAUCAUGAUAUAGUAGAAGACUUUACCGGGGAUAUAAAUCAGACAACAGAACAACAGAUAAACCGCAAAGCUAUACCGCACGCUGAUCAGGAAAUCGAACUUAGCCAUCAAAUAGCUCGCCAGCAACCUGAGGAUAUCAUUUUAGCUAUUAUUUUAAUCAGCAGAUCUACAAGAUCAACAGCCGCCUCAAGUUCUGGGACGGCCUGGCCCUGAAGACCCAGAACAGAAACAAGGGACUUACUUAUUCAGGACUAUCUGCAGGCGGCGGGCGGGUUUGAGGUGAAUCUGUGGAUACGCGCGCAAGUUCCUGGGCCCGCACUGGGAUGUGAUGCUUGUACACGGCACGCUGUACAACUCGGGGGAUAUGUUCAAGAUAG